AUGGCAAGGGUUCACAGAUGGACAAAGCCUGCAGUAGGAAGUCUAAAAGUGAAUUGGGAUGCAGCUGUGCAAACGAGGAUAGGGAGGAUUGGCAUUGGGGUACUUAUCAGAGAUCAUCAAGGUCUUGUGAUAGGAAAUUGGUGUAAGGCACUUCUGUUUGGAGGGGAUUCAAAACAGGUAGUGGACCAAAUGAACCAAGAUAGUCCUAACUGGAGCAUAGGUGGAUGCCUCAUAUCAGAUGCCAAAACUGUUCUAAACUCAGCGGUUGUUUGGUCAAUUUCACAUGUAUACCGGGAGGCUAACAUGGUAGCUCACAGGCUUGCACAAGCGGCAUUCGAGUGCAUUGAAGAUAUGUAUGAUAUCGAGAUAUGCCCCUAUUGUAUUCUUUAUGUGGUUACUAAGGAAAUGAGUCAAUGA